GCCAGGAACAAAUGUUCAACAGGAGUCGGACCAGAUAAAGACGGAACUAGACUUUGCCGCUGAUAUUUCACAGUUGUCACUCGACCGGAAAUAAACCAAUAAGCAAUAAAGCCAUGUUAUAUCUUAUUGUUUCUUUGGCUGUUUAGGACGACCACAUAGAUGGACUUCCAAAGACCUUCUGCUCAUGUAGCAGGUCCUUCAGUAGAUAUGACCCAGAGUACAGAGGAGGACACUUUGGUAGACGGACCACUGAUCUCUGCUGAUGCACUUCAUUCUGCCAUCAGAAGAGAGUUUCAAACAUUGCCAACACAUCUUCAUGCUGCCUUGCUGUCUCUUCUGCAUAUUGUCUUCGUUGUGUUGUCAAUAUGUGUGGCCGUUCUGUGUGUGCUGAAGUUUGGCCAAGAGGAGAGGUGUAUGCACUUUCUGGGAAAUGAACCUGGCAACAGCAUCAUAGUUUACGCAAAGGCGUGUUUGUGGCUGCUGGUCCUGGCGUUCUCCUGCUGUGUGCAGCAUCAUCACAAUAAAGUUCGGGGCAGAGGAUACCUGCAAUUUUACAGACAAACACAGCAGCUGAAACAUCUGCCGUUCACAAUACACUCUUCAGGAAAUGUCUUGAUGUUGAUAUUUCUGACUGUCAGAUUGUCCCAGACGGUGCGUACCUACAUGCUUCUCAGCAUUCUGGGGCUGGAGCUUUUGUUGACUUUUCCAUGUCUUCUGUACUACGCAGUCAAAGUAAUGCAGUUCAACGGUGAGCGUGCUGCGCCAGAUGUAAACCAGGAGGAGCUUUCACACUCAUACAGUGUGACGGGCCAACCCAUUGAGACCGGCUUCAGAGGAGCAUCCACUCUGGAGGAGGUGGUUGAGAAGCAGGCCGACCUGAUAGAGUACCUGAAACACCACAACAGUUUGCUGAGCAAGAGGCUGCUCAACCUCACUGCCCAGCACUAACUGCACUCUGGCCCCCCUGUUUUUUGUUUGUGCUGUCCACCCCACAGCAGCCACAAACCCUCUGAGUGAGCCUUGAGAUUAUACUGCACCCAGAGACAAACUGUGAGUUCAAAAGAGCUGGAUAAAUACGAAAGCAAACAAAAGCACCUGUACACUCAGACUGAGCCCGCAUGCUCUGUGAGGCGUCCUCACCGGAGAUUCACAGAUAAAAAAAAAACAAGUGGAGAGCAAAGGGAGAAAUGGGACCGAGGUGAGGAGUCACGGGUCACAGAUCAGAGGUGAAGGUUUUUCUUUUUAUCAUUCCCUUGACCCGCAGCGACCCGGUUUUUGUUUCUAAAGGAGAAACGGAGCGGAGAGAUCAGUUGCACAAAGGAAAGAGAAUUCAUCACGUCUGGAUUUAAGAAAAUGUUCUAUCCUGCUGAUUUUAUCUGUCUAUUUCUGUUUUUUUUUUACAGUAAAUCUGUGAAUUAUUAUGUGUACUUUAAUCCCAAUAAAAUCUGUCAAUAUUCCCAUGUUUUAAUUUACUUAGUUUUGUUUUCAUAAUUGAUAGGAAUUUAGAUGAAGUUCACGUUUGUUAAACGUUAAUUAAAAACCAUAACUCCG